AUAUAUAAAAGAAGUAACUUGAUUCUUGGUUUAGUUUACCAAUUGAUCUUUCCGUUUGUGUUUGAUUUUGAAGUGCUGAGAAAAAAUCAUGAAGUUUGCUAUCCUUUUGGGCAUACUUAGUGUAAUCGCUAUGUCUCAGGCAACUCCAGCUGUACCUAUAGCUAUUCCAGAGGGAGCUUCUCAACCAAUUGUUAGAAUUUCUAGGGCUCCAGCAGAUGAAGCUAAAAUUCCAGAAAAAGAUUUGGAAGGUUCGGAAACAGCUUAUGCGGUCUACCCUUACUAUCAAUAUCCUUACUAUGGUUAUCACAGAUAUCCAUACUAUGUAUACGGGAGAUAAAAAACGUUGAAUGAAAAAUAAUUUUAUUUCAAAAAACCUAUACCUUAUAUAUUAGCACAUAGGAAGAAGCUAUUUCAAUGAAUUAACUGUAACUACAUUGUAUUGUACUUUUUUCUAUUAAAAUGGAUCUGAAUACUUGCAAUAAUUU